GGAAGGAGGGAGGAAGAUAGGUAGGCUGGGGACUAGGAAGGGACAUGAAGGAAGGAAGGUGGAAAGAAGAUGGAGGGAAGAAGGAGAAAGGGGAGCUCGGGAGGUCGUCGGGUACUUUAUGGAUCCCGUGUCGGAAAGGGCGGAGCUUUUUGUGUUUGCGUGCUGCGCUCUGGAUGAGCAGAUUUGAGAGCAGCAGCAGGCAAUUUGCUGGGAUUCGGCGUCCUCGCCGCCUCCAUUCAUCGCGUCCGCGGCCGGCUGCGUGUCGUCACCCGGUCUCCCGGUCUCCCGGUUCACGGCGCCGCCUGCUGCAGAUGUCAAAGUUGUCCCGAGGAGGACCCGCAUGGAAUUCAUUUGCCGUCUCAACAACAACAAUUGCGAGUCACUCCUUCUCCUGACUCUUUGGCCUCUUGUUCUUCUCUUUGAGUUUCUCCUUUUCUUCUUUCUUGAGGCGAAUGGGGGACACUGAGUGUGCUUUUCAAUUGGCCCAAAAGCCAUUUUCGGAAGUGUGACGUCAGCUUCGGCGGGCUUUGGCUGUUAGCGUAUUGCUAGCGAGCUAGCUAGCUGUGUGUUUAAAGCCACAAAAAGUGACAAAAAUGACGACGCAAGAACACACGCGCUAAGGGGUCGCGACGAUGGCCCCCCCCUCCGGGCCCAGGACGCCCCCUCCCCGCCGCUCCCCCGCCCCCGCCACCGUGCUUCUGGCGCUGCUGCUCGUGCUGGCGCGUCCCGAGCGGACCCUCGGCGGGGGGCAGGGGCAGACCAACGUGACGCUGGCCGUCAUCCUGCCAGAGAGCAACACGGACUACCCCUGGGCGUGGCCCCGCGUGGGCCCCGCCCUGGCGCGGGCGGUCCGGCUGGUCAACGCCGACCCCGCCCUGCUGCCGGGCGUGCACCUCGCCUACGUGUUCAAGAACAGCGAGGACGGAGACGGCAUCUGCUCCGAGUCCGUGGCGCCGCUGAUGGCCGUGGACCUGAAGCUGGCGCACGACCCGUGGGCCUUCAUCGGGCCGGGCUGCUCGUACACGUCAUCGCCCGUGGGCCGCUUCGCCACCCACUGGGACGUGCCCAUGGUGACGGCCGGGGCGCCGGCCGUGGCCCUGUCCGGCGGCGUGUACCCGUCCAUCACCAACACUGGCCCCACCCACAAGAAGCUGGGCAAGUUCGCCCUGCGCAUCUGCGAGCGCUUCGGCUGGCGCGAGCACGUCAUGCUGGUGUUCAACGACCACAAAAAAGUGGGCGACCGGCCGUGCUACUUCGCCGUGGAGGGCCUCUACGACGAGCUCAAUAGCAUCAACAUCACGGUGGUGGCCAGCAUCUUCGAGGGGAACCAUCCGCACAUCAACUACACGCAGAUACUCGCCGACAUACAGAACGAGGGCAGAGUGAUGUUCGUGUGCUGCUCGCCUGACGUCUUCAGAAAGUUGAUGGUUCACUUCCGCCGCGCCGACCUUCCCCACGAGCAGUACGUCUUCUUCUUCAUCGACGUGUUCGGCGAGAGCCUCAAGUCAGAGCGCCGGCGGCCGUGGGCGCGCGGGGAUGCCGACGACGCUGUGGCCAAGGAGGCCUUCCAGAGUGUGAAGAUCCUGACUUAUCGGGAGCCUCAGAACGCGGAGUACAAGGACUUUGUGGAGAACCUGAAGCUAGACGCUAAGAGCAUGUUCAACUACACCAUCGACGACUCGCUGAUGAACAUUAUCGCUGGAGGUUUCUACGACGGCCUGAUGCUCUACACGCACGCGCUCAACGAAACCAUGACUCCGCCCACCACGCGGCCUCCGGGGAGGGUGGUCACCCUGAGGAUGUGGAACAGAACCUUUCACGGCGUGACCGGGACAUUGCGGCUGGACGAGAACGGAGACCGAGAGACCGACUUUGCUUUGUGGGACAUGAUCGACGCCAACGACAGCGCUUUCCAGACGGUCCUGGUGUACAACAGCUUAGAGGAGCAGCUGACGGCCAUCCCUGGAACGUCGCCGCACUGGCCAGGCGGAGUCCGUCCUCCCGACGUUCCCGUGUGCGGAUUCAAGAACGAAAACCUCGCUUGCCUCACUAAGACCAUCACCAUCCACCAGAUGGUGUCCAUCGUGGUCUUCUUCAUCCUCACUAUGACCCUGACGGUCGCCAUCUUCAUUUACAGGAGGAUGAAACUCGAGAAGGAGCUGGCGGCUCAGCUUUGGAGGAUCUCCUGGGACGACAUCCACAUGAGCAACCUGGACAAAGUGCUGCGCAGCGGCAGCAGGAUGACGCUGUCUCUGAGGGGCUCCAACUACGGCUCCCUGAUGACGGACGGACACGCGCAGGUGUUUGCGAAGACCGGCUACCACAAGGGAAACAUCGUGGCCAUCAAGUAUACCGACAGGACACGCAUGGAGUUGAACAGGAAGCUCCUGUUUGAGCUCAAACAUAUGAGAGACGUUCAGAACGAACAUCUGACCCGAUUCAUCGGAGCCUGCAUCGACCCUCCGAACACCUGCAUCGUCACGGAAUACUGCCCUCGAGGAAGCCUCCAGGACAUCUUGGAGAACGACAGCAUCACUCUGGACUGGAUGUUCAAAUAUUCUCUAAUCAAUGACAUCGUCAAGGGCAUGCUGUUCCUCCACAACAGCGUGAUUGUCUCUCAUGGGAAGCUGAAGUCGUCCAACUGCGUAGUGGACAAGCGCUUCGUGCUGAAGAUCACAGAUUACGGACUGAGCAGCCUGCAGGCCGAGAGCCCGUCGAGAAAGGACGCUCACGCUUACUACGCUCAGAGGCUGUGGAUGGCUCCGGAACUGCUCCGGAUGGAAGCGACGCCUCCUCGGGGGACGCAGAAGGGCGACGUCUACAGCUUCGGGAUCAUCCUCCAGGAGGUGGCGCUACGCCGAGGAGUCUUCUACCUGGAGGGGGACCCGCUCAGUCCUAAAGAGGUGGUGGACCGCGUGGUGCUGGGGGAGUGGCCGUGUCUCAGACCCACGGUGGACCCGCGCGCUCACAGUCCGGAACUGGGCCAGCUGAUGCAGCGCUGCUGGGCCGAGGAGCCCACGGAGAGACCCGAAUUCAACCACAUCAGAAUGCUGCUGCGCAAGCACAACAAGGAGUCCAGGACCAACAUCCUGGACAACUUGUUGUCACGCAUGGAACAGUAUGCCAACAACUUGGAGGAGCUGGUGGAGGAACGAACACAAGCUUAUCAUGAAGAGAAACGCAAAGCUGAAACGCUGCUCUACCAGAUACUACCGCACUCGGUGGCGGAGCAGUUGAAGCGCGGCGAGACUGUUCAGGCGGAGGCGUUCGACUCGGUGACCAUCUACUUCAGCGACAUCGUGGGCUUCACCGGCAUCUCUGCCGAGAGCACGCCCAUGGAGGUGGUGACGCUGCUGAACGACCUGUACACGUGCUUCGACGCCAUCAUCGACAACUUUGACGUUUACAAGGUGGAGACCAUCGGCGACGCCUACAUGGUGGUCUCGGGGCUGCCGGUGAGGAACGGGAAGCUGCACGGCCGCGAGGUGGCGCGCAUGGCCCUCGCCCUGCUGGACGCCGUCACCACUUUCCGUAUACGACAUCGGCCCGACGAGCAGCUCAAGCUGAGGAUCGGAAUACACAGCGGUCCGGUGUGCGCGGGCGUGGUGGGUCUGAAGAUGCCUCGCUACUGCCUGUUUGGCGACACGGUCAACACGUCGUCCAGGAUGGAGUCCAGUGGAGAAGCGCUGAAGAUCCACGUGUCGUCGGCCACUCGCGACGUCCUUCAGGAGUUGGGCUGCUUCCGCUUGGAGCUCAGAGGGGACGUGCACAUUAAAGGCAAAGGACAGAUGACCACCUAUUGGCUGCUGGGAGAGAGCGACAGCCAAUGACUGCACGGGGAGCGCAGGAAGAGGGCGCGGCCACGCCGCAGCUUGGCAGGGAAAAAGGAAACGCGCCACGAAGCCACAGUGCGUUUGUGCCACGUUUCCUGGUAGGGCGGCCUCAGCCGAUCGCCAUCCACAACCAGGAAGUGUCCGAUGCUCACGUGACUGAAAAAAAGGACAUAAUUCUUGACUUUGGGCUACUUUGAUCCUUUAAACUCAAUUGCAACAAGUUCGUCAUGUGUCCACUAGAGGGCACAAAUCUCUGCUUGUCACGUCGCUACAAGCUAAUGCUAACUGAAAGAAAUGACGUCUUAGCCUGACAGGAAGUGAGGUCGAGUACGGCAGCGCCUGGAGAUACGAGUGACCACGAGUUUUUCGAGAUACGAGCCGUCGUUCGGAAGAUUUCUUGCUUUGCUUUGACUAGCGAGCGAUAGCUUGACAUACGAGCGCUGUAUGGUGGCAGGGAAACUCGACUCACUUCACAACAAGGUUUUAGAAUUGGUGAACAAUUGAUCAAAAAGUUUUUUAUUUGCACUCCCACUUGAAGUUGACUGUCAAAUUAUAGGUCAGAGGACAAAGAUUUUCAAAUGUUUCUUGAUAACUCUCGAACCCGUUUACAAACCACAUCUGCCAUUUCAAAGUCUUUAUAUGGCAGAUAUACAGCAGUUCAAUCGAUAAAUAUGAUGCCUUCCGGUCUUCGUCUCUUUCCGGCGCCGUGACGUCACACGAGCCAAACAUCGUGUUCGUGCGCCGUUGUGUGCUAUUGUUCCCGUCCUUGUAUAUUUGCUGUCGUACGAUUUAACGACGUCACGGUGGUUUGUUUUGUGGCAUUUGGUUGUACAAAUGGUUCAGGCAGCGGCGAGAGUUUUUUUGGGCUUUCCAAGUAAAGAAGGAAGGCGUGACCAGUGCAUAGGGGAAGUCACUCGACAGGGGAUGAAACACGCUCAGCUAUGGGUGCCUUGCAAGCAUUCCAAAUUCUGUGCCGGUCACUUCGAACGGGCGUGUUUUGAGAAAGCAUCGGAUCCACAGGUGUAGUUAGGCAGAGGCUGGAAGCGGCUGCGGUGCCAACUAUUUUCCCUACGGCCAUCGGGACCUCCACCGGCGGCGACGGAACUCAAUCUCGCAGCGGCGAAGCGGCGCAGACGAGAGGUGAGCAUUCCCUCGUAUAUACCUACGACUCUAUUAUGGUUACUGUGCACUGGGGAGUGGGGGGAAAAAAAAGACCCAUUCAGUACCGUCGUCUGUACUUUUGCCUCUACGACAAGCCGACAGACACACGGCAAAGAAUUUGUGCGUGGCGUGUUAUAACGCGACUCGACGACUCGAGCGAGGGGCACACAAUAUACAGGAAUACUGCAUCCUAUGUAAAAGCUUGUGCCGUGUCACUGAAUCAGAUAUGAAUAUAUAAUACGUAUAGUCGUGCUAAAAAAUAUCGGCACCCCUGGGGUGGCAUUAUUUCAAGCUUUUGACAUGGCGUCACGUGGCGCCGGCGGCCACUCUCUUUUUCUGUUGUACAGCUGCUACUUGUCCGCUCGUCGUCGUCACUGCUAGUUUCCGACCUCCUGAUCGGCUCGAUCGCGUUUGCUUGGACGAUGCCGAGUUCAGUCGGGUGCUCCCGUACGUCGAAAUCCUCAUAUUCCAACACAUUGCUCGCCAUUGCGUAUAGAGUGUUGCACGCUGUUUGUCAAUUGCAACGUCAUUUCCGGUAGCCCUUGCGCUGGAUAGAGUAACCGCACCCCGGCGUCUUGAGCUUCGGGUAUGUUUUGGGAGGACUCGAUAUGCGUCAUAAAAACCUCAUUUUUAGCUAAACUAUGGUUGAAAAUUUGCUGGAAGUGACGUGCAUGACAUAUAAACAAUGCAAAUAUGAAUUUUAACUGACCCCAUAAUGUCUUUGUCAUCUGACCUUUAAACACAAUGACACUGUGUAUUUCAAACAGCCGUAUAGCUUUGCCUUAAUAAAUGCCAUCUAGCUUAAAGCUAAACACCAUAGACGAGCUACCGAUUAGCAUCAACAUCGGUGUUUUAAGCUUUACGUAACAGAUGUUUGAACAAACGCUAGAACUCGCCCUCUAAAUCUCGAUUUGUUUUUUGUGUUGACAGUAACAAAUUACUUUGAAUUGUUACUCUAGUACUCUUCCGAAAAUUCAAGACAUCAGAGUCCAUGGCACAAAGAGAGAGAGGAAAUGCUAACGCAUCGUUCAGCGGGCGCGUGCACGACGAACUGGAGACAGGAAAGGCCUUUGGUCCGGACCAAAAGCGGACUUUAAUUUCUUUGCUUUGUACAUUUUGCAAGCGAACUAUACAGUAAUUUGUAAACAAAGCCACACGCGUGACGAUCGUUGCUCACAUUGGACAGAAAUGAAGAGGACGGGACAAAGCACAGACCUGGAAAUAUGCGCUGCAUUUCUGUUCUGCAAAUUUGCGCUUAUUAAAGUUGCAAAAAUAAAAGAGGGAGUAACCUGUCA